UGUCUAGGAUAACGGUCCUCGACGUCACUCGGGGGCUCGUAUUGAAAAUAAGAAGAAAAGUCCAGAGUGAGAGUAUGUGAGCAUCAGUCGAAGCCUCUUUAUUUCGCCCCCUAGUUUAGUUAAGGACGCCUGCUGGAGCGCUGUGGUCGGGGACAGCACCCCAGUGGAUGCGCAAAUGUAAAAAGCUGCAGCGCACCGGUGCCACAAGUAGCUAGUGGAAUACAACAUAGAGCCUAACUAUGUUUUCCUUUGAGGACACUGGCGCGCGGCUUGGCAUGGUGUCCUUAUUUCCACUCACUCACAUCUGAGUUCAUUAUACCUUUGUUUUUGUUUUUAAAAGCAGACAUAGGCCUAUUUUUAUUUAUUUUUUAUUUUAAGAAGUACAUCUCCCGUUUUUUUUUGACGAGUUGUAUUUGCAGCGAAACGGUUAACGAGGGAACCCUGGAAAGUACCGAGCUAUGGAAGAGAAUGAUCCCAGUAACAGAGAGGCGGCGGCGGCGGGGGAGUCCAACAGAGCCAUCCUCCCCCUCCUCCAGGCGCCCGGGAACCCGCAGGUCCCGCACAGAGUCACCAAUUUCUUCAUCGACAACAUCCUAAGACCGGAUUUCGGACGGAAGAAAGAAGGGACCCCAAUCCGCGAGGAGGGCAGGCUGAGAUCCAGGGAAAGCCCAAGCCCCGGUGCGCCUCCUCGGACCGAGCAGGAUGAGCAGGGGAGUACAGUAGCGCGAGGGAACCAGGGACCCGCCAGCCCGCACACGCUCCCCACCGCCAAGAAGCCCGCCAUAGCCCGCGAAGCGUCCCCCAAGAGCCGCGUGGAGAACGCAGACCAGUGCCUAAGCUCAGACUCGGACAGUUCCCAGGCCAGCUCCAACCCGUCGGCCAAGCCGCCCAUGCUGUGGCCCGCCUGGGUCUACUGCACCCGCUACUCCGACAGGCCCUCAUCAGGGCCCAGAUCUCGAAAACCAAAGAAGAAAGCAGCCAGCAGCAGCAGCAGCAGCAGCAAGGAAGACAAGCGACCACGGACGGCCUUCACAGCGGAGCAGCUGCAGAGACUCAAGACCGAGUUCCAGACCAACCGCUACCUGACCGAGCAGCGGCGGCAGAGCCUGGCCACAGAGCUUGGCCUCAACGAGUCCCAGAUCAAGAUCUGGUUCCAGAACAAGAGGGCCAAGAUCAAGAAGGCCAGCGGCACCAAGAACACGCUAGCCCUCCACCUGAUGGCGCAGGGAUUGUACAACCACGCCACCACCACCACUAAGGACGACAAGUCCGACAGCGACUGAUUGGACGAGAUCUUAUGAAGCCUACAAUGCAAUAAUUAAUCAAAGGGCCAGUGUAGAGUAGGCCUACAUAUACCAGCAUCAAUUGAUUGAAAAAUAUAUAAAUAGAUAUUUCUGCAAUAUCAUGUCUAUAAACAGAGGGUGUAUAAAGAAAGGUGUUCACUAUGUCCUACAUGCUCACCACGCGUCGUUUUUAUACUGUUCCUACUCAUCGCUCUUUGUUUCAUUGCAUCUGAACUGGCACUGGACGCCUCGACCUGUCAGUGAGGUGAACAACUCGCUCGAGUCCAAAGAAGAUUUCUGCUGCAUCCAGGCAACUGUGAAUUUAAAUAAAUGCUCACCAGAUUUUAUUUCCAUGGUUGUUGAUUUCCUCGUUUUUGUUUUGAUGUACAAAAAGGACGCAACGAGCAAGUCUUUUACAUGUCACGACUUGCAGACAAAAUUGGCAGAGUAAGAAUUUUGAUAAAUGUUUUUAAUACUCAGAAACUUUAUAAUCAUGUACAGGCCUAUCGCAUCCGAAGACAUGGGCCUACGUUUUUUCUAACAUGCCAAUUAACUAAAAAGCUUUUAGUUAAAAAGCUUUUAAAUCUUUAGAAACAGCAUCUAUGUGUUGGUAUCAUAGCUUCGAAACUAAUGUAAUUUCUGUUCAAAAUGUUUGUUUUUUCUCUGUGUCCUACCAAUGCAGCUAUUAUAAUUUUUGAAUAGCAAUAUAUAUAAUUUUGUAGCAAGAUGUUUUGGAUGCUGAUUGCUGCCUGUAGCAUACUGACAAUGAGGGCGUAAAGAAGUCACCAGAAUAUCUUCACAAAUCUGUCUCUAUAUAUACAUUUUAUUACACAUCCAUAUAUCAUAAAAGCUAAUUUGUUAGUGUCUGUAUUACAAAUGUUGAAAAUCUCUUAUUGUUGUUUAAAGGACUUCCUGUGUAUUUAUAUAGAUUAUAUUGAGAAAAAGAUUCUAUUGAACGCCCAGCGUUGCUUUAGAGUAGAUAUCUGGUGUGCUUGUUCCACUGCAAUAACUUCUUCUUUUGGGAAUGGAAAUAGUAAAUGGGGCCUUUUGCAUGAAAGCUGCAAUUUGUUGUACAUGGGCAACUAACUGUGUUUAUGAGCCUGGUGGAACUCUGUGUGUAGGUUGAGCUAUGGUUCAGACUACAUCUGGGUGUAGGUUGAGCUAUGGUUCAGACUACAUCUGGGUGUAGGUUGAGCUAUGGUUCAGACUACAUCUGGGUGUAGGUUGAGCUAUGGUUCAGACUACAUCUGGGUGUAGGUUGAGCUAUGGUUCAGACUACAUCUGGGUGUAGGUUGAGCUAUGGUUUGGACCAGAUCUGGGUGUAGGUCAAACUAUGUUUUAAGACCAGAUCUGGGUGUUGAUUCAGACUACAUCUGGGUGUAGGUUGAGCUAUGGUUCGGACCAAAUCUGGGUUUAGGUCGAGCUAUGGUUCAGACCAGAUCUGGGUGUAGGUUGAGCUAUGGUUCAGACCAGAUCUGGGUGUAGGUUGAGCUAUGGUUCAGACCAGAUUUGGGUGUAGGUUGAGCUAUGGUUCAGACCAGAUUUGGGUGUAGGUUGAGCUAUGGUUCAGACCAGAUCUGGGUGUAGGUUGAGCUUCAGUUCGGACCAGAUCUAGGUCUAAGGCUCAGAUGAGUUUCAAAUUGGAUCAUUACCAAAAUGUGAACUUUUGCCUUUCAACGUGUUUUGUUGUGCAUCUGCAAAAAGUGUGUGUGAAUUAAAUUCCACCAAACAGAACACACUUUGCCUUAAAGUUCCCACGAGAGCUUUCUAUGAAACAGAACUGUGCCCAAUCAGAGAAGCAGAAUCCUUCGAAUGCAGACUUUUCAAGUUUAUUGCCUUUAUGAAAACCUGCUGGUACGACAUAAUGAAUUUACCCAUCAGCGUAUAUCUAUCUAUAUGAACAUGUUUAAAUAAAGUUACAACACAGAGUUGUAGAACACAAUGCUAUUUUUAUUUUAUGUUGAAGUAUUCUUUGGUAUGAAUGUACAUAGUUUGUAUCAUGUUUUAAUUGUGUAAUUAACUGCCUCCUGGAAGCAGGAACCGUAAAUAAACCUUGAAGAUUAUACAGAAAAACACACUGGCUUCUUGAAACACCUCAGUGUUAAGGGGGUCGGGGAGAAGAUCAUUGCAAUAUAAAUAAAAACAUAAUUAGAUAAAUACAAUCAUUAUUUACAACACACAUUAUUGUAAAGAAAAUAUUCUUUAUGGACACACAAUCCUAUUAAGGGGCAGUCUAGUAUAAAUAAAUAAAUAAAUAAAUAAAGGUAAUUAUAUUGUGAAUAUAGUAUUUAUACAAUAUAAUUACCAUUUAUAUAAGUCUUUUUUUAAUAGCGUGAAAUCAGGGACAACAAUAUCUGACCUGCAUCUCUAUGCAGACAUUAGAGCCUCCGCCUGAUCUCAUACUACAUACAUCAGUACCAGAGAGACUAUAAAACAGAGCCAGAGGGACAGAGAGAAAAACUGAGAGGAAGUCAGAGAGAGAAACAGAGAGACAGAGAUUGAGGAGCUAGAGAGAGCAAGAGCGAGAGAGAGAGUAAUGAAGGUCAAAGCCCAUCAUGGCUGCAGGUGCCUCCCCCCCUGUUCCUACCCCGCCCCUCAGUAACCCAUUCUCCACAGCGCUCUGUCACACACACACACACACACACACACACACACACACACACACACACACACACACACACACACACACACACACACACAUACAUACACACACACACACACACACACACACACACACACACACACACACACACA